AUGUCGUGCGAACAAAGGUACGAUUACUCUUAUUAUGAGGAAUUUGUCGAAAAUGACCUCCCCGACCUCAACCUGUUUAGCCUUCCCGAGCUUGAGCUCUUCGAACUUCCCAGCCCCGAGCUCUCUGACAACUCUACUCUGGCUGCAAUGACCGAACUUUCUUCGUCUGGUAUGCCAGGGAACUGUCUGGGUCUCUCACAAGGAAUCGGGAUGUCGUUCUCUAAUGGUCCAGAUACUUCCGAACAAUGUCAUCCAUCUCUGAUGGAGGGCGACGCUGCGAGAGGCUUGGAACUUGACUCCCUUGGCACGAUGCAGCCCGAAGCCUCGAACGUCUUCACCAUCAGGGACCAAGCAACAACCGUCAAACUGGGUGCUGAGAAUUCUCAUUGCCUAGGCGACGACGUGCAGCCCUUCGACAACUCCGCAGGUUCUUCGACAGCGCAGCUGCCUUUUGAGACCAUGGACAGCGAUGCGCCAUCCCAUCCAGUCGUGCUCAACAAUGCCAGCGCGCAGGGCGCGUGCAGGUACAAUAGGGGGGUCAAAUCCUGA